AUGAAGUGCAAUACUAACGAGUCCCAAUGGGAGAAAAGUGCGGCCUGGUGUUUAGCAGAUAUGCCCAAAGCCAAUGGAUGUGUCCUCAUUAGUGCUAUUUCAUUACGUAUAAUUCUUUUCGAUGGGGGGGGGGGGGGGGGGGGGGGGGGGGAAGGGGGGGGGGGGGGGGGGGGGGGGGGGGGGGGCGAUUUGCUCAGAUUCUACAGGUCGUACCUCCUUUUUAUAUAG